UUCAUGCAAACCAUUCUCAGAAGAAAAGUUCUACCCUCGUUCAGAAUUCUCAAUCUUUUAGCAAUUCAGAAAGGGAAAAUGGCUCAUCACCAUGACCAAUCCAUUCUGUUGCCUCUGCUGCUCAUCACUCUCUCCCUAAUGAGUUGCAAAGAAGUUUUUGCAUCUCGUCACCUUCUGGAGGAAACCACACUGCCUAAGGUUCCUGAGCUUCCUAAGCCAGAAUUGCCACCUCUUCCUACACUCCCUACUUUUCCUAAACCUGAACUCCCACCUCUACCUCAUAUCCCUACUCUGCCAGAGUCCACGUUGCCAACUUUGCCCAAGCCUGAAUUGCCAACCGUUCCGCAUGUCCCAGCUUUGGAGAAGCCUGAACAGUCACCUUUGCCAAAGCUUGACGUGCCAAAACUCCCAGAAGUCCCUCCUCUACCCCACCUACCUGACCUGCCUAAGCCCACACUGCCCACCGUCCCAACCCUUCCAAAGGACAUUCCCUUCCCUUCCCUCUCCCCACCCCACUCAACCACUAGCCCUUGAGCUUCCGGUGCUGAGCUUCAUAUCAUCAUCGCACCUCUCAUUAGCUAUCGUAUGGAGUAGAGAUUCUUAAAAACCAGGGUUGCCCCCUGGUUCAUAUAUGCGAUAUAUUGGUGCUGAUAGUUGUGUGGAGUCUGUUUUCAUUUGUAGUUUUCUGUUGGCAUGUGUUGAUUUAUGAUCGUCCUUGAUUUGUAAGUUUCUUGUAUACUCGCAUGGUUAUUGAUUAUUUAUGCAAAUUCCUUUUGAAGUGAACUAAAAGUGUGAACAAUAAUCUACCCUUAAUGUAUCAAAGGAUUGCGGGAA